AUGCCGGCUAUCAAAAGGCUUCCACCCGAGUCUUACUCGGUGGGAUGGGUCUGCGCUCUAUCAUUGGAAUUGACAGCGGCGAAGGCUAUGUUAGAUGAAACCCACGCCACUCCCAGGCAGCCCUCGACCGAUGUCAAUACCUAUACAGUGGGCGCAAUCUCCGGGCAUAAUGUGGUAAUUGCUCCUCUUCCAAUUGGAGUCUAUGGGACUACAUCAGCAUCAUUUGUUACCGCCUCAUUACUGGCUACAUUUCCUUUCAUUCGAUUUGUCCUCAUGGUCGGCAUUGGCGGAGGCGUACCGAGGAAAGACGUCGAUAUUCGACUCGGCGAUGUGGUUGUCAGCAAACCGACUGGGGCGCAUUGCGGGGUUAUUCAGUAUGACUACGGCAAAACCGUCAGGGACGGCCGUUUUGAACGGACGGGUAGUUUGAACAAACCGCCUCCUUCUCUUCUGACUGCGCUCGCUGAAUUGCAGUCCAGGCAUCUGGCUGGAGAGGGCCGCAUUGCACAUAUUCUCGAGACGGCAACGCAGGACACAAAGCUAUCCCUUCUUCUAAGACGGCCCGGUUCUCGGAGCGACUUGUUGUUUGAAGCGGACUACGAUCAUGCUCGAGAUGGCGAGUCUUGCGACCAGUGCGAUCCGCGCCGGCUUGUGCAAAGGGAGGAGCGCAGCAGCCAAGUGCCGACCGUGCAUUAUGGUCUCAUCGCAUCAGGCAAUCAGGUUAUGAAACAUGGACGCACUCGGGAUCGUGUGGCGAAUGAAACUGGCAUCCUUUGCUUUGAGAUGGAGGCAGCUGGCUUGAUGGAUCAUGUUCCCUGUUUGGUCAUUCGAGGAAUCUGUGACUAUUCCGACUCUCACAAGAUGAAGGAGUGGCAGGGUUACGCAGCGGCUACAGCUGCUGCUUAUACAAAGGAGUUGCUGUCGGUGGUCCCUGUGGUGAGCUCUUCGGAUAGCGGCUCGCUGGGCCAGGCCGAAACCCCUUACAUCGAGUAUAUCUACAAUCUACCCUCUCGACCUCUGUCGGCCCGCCCUUUGAUUCCUCAUAUACAGCGAGAGGCUAUUCAUGCUCACUCUGGUUUACACCGUGAGCAAGAGAACGCGAACGGUCUCCUUACGCUGCUAUCCCACGCGCAUCCUGCACAGGGCCCGUCUAUCGUGACUACCCCCUUUCAACACUCGCAGACCAAUAAGCUUCUGCAGUGGACACUUGAAGCCACGGAAACACUGCCUCCCUCCUCACAUCCCACCCAAUCGCUGACGCGACUCAAAAAGACGGCGGCGCAGUCCACCCAGGAUCAUGGCGCCAGCACGUCGCUUCAAGAGCUCCUACAAGCUAAAUCACUGUCCCAUUCGCAACAUGCAGCAGCCACAAUAUCAAGUCCGCAUGGCAAGAGCCCGCAGGAACGCCUUCGGCGCUUCCUCACGCCCCACCACCACCCCCAGCCUUCACAGUCUCAACCGGUUCAAUCAUUAAUACGGCCCGAGAUCAAAGCCCGGCUUUCCAGACAGGCGCGCGACACUCUCCACACCAAUCUCGAGCGAGUGCUGCAGGAAUCUGCGGGGCACUUCAAGCCAGAGGAUGCCUUGAACCUUGGCGUUCUCUUUCUGGAGCAGGGGGACGCCGUCGAGGCGGAGCGGAAACUUCAAGAGGCUCUAGCAGGGUUUGAGGACGCGCAGCUCCCAGUGGACGACAAUAAAGCGGCACUCCAAGCAGUCGAGAAUCUGGGAGUUGCAUACAUGCACCAGGAUAAAUGGACGGACGCGGAGAGCGCAUUCUCUCGAGCGUUGAGCGGCUUCGAGAGGAUCUUUAGCGCAGACCACGAGUCGACCGCCCGCGUCCUCAACCACAUGGGCAUGCUAUAUCUAAAACAAGGCAGGUUCACAGAAGCGGAGGCUUCGUUCGAACGAGCGCUCAGAUCCGAGGACUCGUCGCGUAUCCAGCGCGCGUCGACAUACCGCACCCUCAGCAACGUGGGCAUCCUCUACUGCACACAGGGCAAAUGGGACGACGCGGAAAAGAUCUUCCAAAGCGCCCUGCACGGCCUCGAAACAGCCUGCCACACGAGGCGGAGCACAGACGCAUCAAUCCUCCGCACGGUAAAUUGCCUGGGCAUUCUGUACUGGAACCAGGGCAAGCGCGCCCAGGCCCGAGAGAUGUACAUCCGGGCGCUGGAGGGCUACGAGGACCUCCUGGGCCGCGAGCACAUCGUGACCCUCCGGACAGUGAACUGCCUGGGGAUCCUAUCGUGGAACCAGGGCAACCGCGCCGAGGCCGAGAGGCUGUUCCUGCGCGCCCACCGGGGGCUCGGGAAAGCGCUAGGACCCGACCACACCUCGACCCUGCACAUCACCAACAAUCUCGGGAUCCUGUACUGGAGCCAGGGGAUGUUGCGCGAGGCGCGCGGGAUGUACGAGCGUGCGAAGCGCGGUCUCGCUGAGCGACUGGGUCGCAGCCACCCGGCCACACUAUGCGUGGUUAACAACCUCGCGAAUCUCCACGUGAGCGACGCCAACCUCGACGAGGCCGAGGAGCUCUACCAGCGUGCGCUGACGGGGUUGGAGAAAGUGCUUGGUCCGCACCAUAUCUCGACGGCGCAUGUGGCUGUGAACUUGGGCAACCUGUAUCUGAAUCAGGGCAGGCUAAAGGACGCAGAGGAAAUGUGCGCGAGGGCACAGACUACUGCAGGGGAUCUGCCGACUCGGCCUAUGCAUGAGAUGAUCAAUGCGGCUUUUGCUCUGAUAGACUAUUGA